GGUAAACCUCGUUAAUCAAUAAUAUCUGCAUAAUAAAGGAAGUGACAAUCCUGCUGGAUGGGUCGACGUUAGGAAGCCGAAGGAAAUUGGACGACAGUAAUACUUCAGAUAAUAAAAGAUUCUUGCCUGUCAUCUGCAAAAUGGAUAAACACAAAUUAAGCUGUAUAAUUACCGACAAUGACAUAAAGAUAAUACCAACGAAAGGGUAAUGACGUCAAGCACGAGGUAACAAAACCGUCCGAAAAUGGAUAUAGAUCAUGUGGUAUUGGACAAAGAGACAAUCAACAGAUUCGAGCAAUACACGCUGUCAAAGCCCACCCUGAAUGGGGGAAUUCCUAUGGACCGAUGCCAAGAUGGCGACUCAAUGGUCUCUAAUAGCCGCAAAAGGGUACCAACUUCCCGGCAGAAAGUCGUUUGUUGUUUUUGUUUUAAAACAACAAAGUACAGAAGAAAACAAUUCAUUAUUGGAUCCCUUACCAACAUUGUGAUAUUCGCAAUACUUCUCGCUUACACAUUCCUUGGUUCAUUUAUAUUCCUAGCUAUAGAGGGAGGGUCUGAAUUACCAGUCAGACCGAGACUCUUACCAGAUAGACAGAAGAUUACUGAUAAGGAUAAUAAUAGUACUAAGAAAGAGGCAGAGGAUGAAUACGAUGCGACGAAUAUGACGUUGUCUGCAAACUAUUUCUGGGACGCACGAAGUAGGGCAGUUGAAAACAUUUGGGAGAUUACUGUGUCCCUGAAUAUUUUGUAUAGGGAGAAUUGGACGAGGUUAGCAGCACAGGAGAUACUUAAAUUCCAAAACGAGCUGGUGCAAAGGGUGACGACAGAGAUGGCUUCGCAUUAUGGCGUCAGCUACCGAGAGAUGGCGCUGGGGGAAUUUGGAGGGAGCGACAUUACAAACCAUUAUGAAGAACACGAGUGGAAUUUAGCGUUGGCAUUCUUCUACUCGCUGACUGUCCUAACCACAAUAGGUUAUGGCAACAUAGCUCCUAGAACGAUCCUUGGCAAAGGAGCGACGAUUCUCUACGCUUUAUUCGGUAUACCAUUAACACUGGUAUAUCUGUCCAGUGUGGGAUCUUUACUAUCGAAGAUGGCAAGAAGCGUCUUCAGCAGAGCACUAUGCUGCUGCCUUUGCUCCAACUGUGGCUACUGCUGCUACGACGAGAGAAGAAUGGCGGAAAAAGAAAGAAGAAUGAAACUCAAGAGGCAGCAAGAAGAAAUGCUGAACAGCCAAAAUACCAGCAAAACACCAACAGAAGAAUGUUACGUUCUCAAACCUGAUAGCCAAAAAGACUUAUCCAUAUCAGAAAGACCAACUACCAGCACUGCCAAAGAUGACAUAAUCAGCUGGCCUGAUACCGAUUCUAAACUAUCCAUGCAUGGUCUAAGCAUAUUAGCACCAGUAUUACUUUGUCUUUCAGCAAUUUUCAUUUACAUUUCUCUAGGAGCUAUAGUCCUUUUUAAACUAGACAAUAUGGGUAUCAUAGACGGGUUUUAUUUCUGUUUCAUGGCUUUAAGUACUAUAGGGUUUGGUAGCAUCAUACCUGGUAUGAGUUACACUACAAUUCAUGGUGUGAGGUACUAUACCAUCAAUUCUACUACUUUAUGGUUUUGUUCCGCUUACACCCUUCUUGGUUUAGCACUGACUGCCAUGUGUUUCGGGGUGAUACAUGACGAAAUAAUUUAUAGGAUAAAGCAUCAACAAAAAGAAUGGUCUCAGAAAAGUAAUACUGUAAAUGAUGAAGUCAAUUUGAACGAUCCGUUUUAUAUGAGUUCCUGACAAAUGUAUAAGGCUAAGUCAGAAAAUUUGUACAGUAUAAUGGAAGACACGGUAGAGCGUAAUAGGAUUGAAAUUGACAAUAGGGAGGUAGUACUUAGUGUAGACGAUAUAGCUGGUAUGGAAAGCAAUGCAGAAUUCCCUCCUCCGCCUCCGGAGGAAGAAAUCAUUGCAAUAGUUACUAAGAAAGAGCCAAAAGCGAGUUUUGGCAACAUGGUCGCAUAUAACGCGUUACCGGAAAUGCUUGAACAUGCCAACACAUAAUCAAUUGUAUUCCUUGGAAGUUUCGAUUCGUUUAUUAUUUUUACUGGCUGUUUUUUCGAUGUCGCAUUCACAAUUCUUCAAUAGAAUAUUUAUUAAUUUAUUACAAACAAUAUUAAAAGUUGCCCGAAUUAAGAAGUAAGUAUAUUUAAUGGCAAAAUUAGAAGAGGAAGGCUUAGACCAAGUGAAAUGUAUUGUAUAUCGGCAAACAUGAAUGAAGAUUUUGAUUAAAGUGGAAGAAGCGAAAGUGGUUUGACAGGAUCGUAGUAAAUAGAAUUCCGUAGUUUCUGCCGCGAACCCCAGCGGUAACCCCAGCGCGAAAUAGGCCUCAUAUUAUUUAUGUAUGUAUGUGUUAGGUAGAAUGAAAUUAAUUAUUAUGUGAUCACUCUCGAAUGCAGAGACAUAAUAAAGCAGUCAUUAUCUGGAUCCCGUGUUUGAUUACCGCGCCCAUCCUUUAAUACAUGGCGCAGGCGGUUAAGUUUCCUUAAAUAAGUGAUAACAACAGCAUAAUGGAUAGUGUAUUAUCACCGCCGUCUACGUUUUGUUUUGAUCAAAAUGCAUUAGACUUAGCGUCGGUAUGUUUGUUUUAAUAUAUGAUUGAACAUUAUAAAGUCCAUAAAUUGCCCAAUUGUACUGUGUGCUUGUUAAAAUCAAGUAUUGCGCCGGCAUCGGCUUAAUGACGAUGCAUAGAUCGAAAGUAUUUCGCAUGGGCAGGAGGAGGACCAGGUGGAGUAAUGAUUAAAACGGUCGUCCCGGCUGGACAAGAGCUGCGGGUUCAAGUCCCGUCCAAGUCAGAAUUCUUUUCGAUUUAAAUUUUCUCUUUGUGAGUCCCUAGGCACAGGUAAGUGCUAUAAAAACAAAAAAAAUAUUAAAAGUCAGUAUUGCGCUAUAAAAUAUCUUUGAUUUGAUUUGAUGAAUUCCUAUCAUAAAUUUUGGAUACAGUUAGCAUAACACUGCAACUGAACAGCUAAGUAGGUAAGGCAGGUACAUAGCAGCAGUUAAACACCUAUUUGUACACACCUUCAUAAAUAAGCUUUGAAAGAAAAUAUUAAACAAAGACAACUUUUGCAAGAGCAAGCUAAGAACCUUGUAAAACACCACAGACAAACUGAAAUGAAUAUAAAUUCAAUUCCUUACAAACUAAUUCACUUUAAAGAUGAAUAAUUGUACCAGAAGCGACUGAAAAUUGAUAAGAACUAUUCUUAAAGAAAUUGAUUUCAACAGCGGAUUCAUUUAAUCGAAUUUGGUUCCAGUUUUUUGCGAAUUAAAAGUAAAGAAGAAAUAUAGAAUGCUUUCGGCAAUAUAAGGUAAUAUUUCAGGUGUCAGGGUUAUUAUUGAGCCGCCAAAGGCCCCUGACAUGGCUCAUGUAACGAUUACUUACUUACAUGAGUAAGUAGUCCGGGACCUCCGGAUUGUGAGCCUAAUGCACAACCACUAGACCACGGAGGCCGUUGGCAUAAUAGUUGA